AUGGCUUCGUGCGAGCCGCAACCCUGGCUCCACGAGUUUAGGAGGUGCCUGAAAUCGCUCAAGAAUCCCGAGGAAUACGUCAGCUUCGCUCUGUCGUACAAUCCUCAUGGGCAGCUCUUGCGCGAUUCUUCCGUCUCUGCCAAUGGACACUAUGGGCGGGAACGGACGGAAUAUUCGACGAGUAAAUGCAGUGGCGGCUCGAUGUGCAGCGGUAUUGUCACUCCGAGCGUCGCCGAUGUGUACAAUUGCGGCGCCUCUGCAUUCGUGCGGAGCCGUGAUGUACAGCUAGACCUUUCAAAAGUCUACCUGCUGCUUUCCAAUGCCAACGAGAUCUUUGAGAAGCGGUUCCCGCGUGGAUGUUCUAAGGCAAGGCUUCAUAGGGUAGCUGUGUCUGCGACGCAGAGUGAUUCUGGAGAGAGCGACGAUGAUGUAAUCAACCCCAGCAAUAUCGGAGACGGGAGAUUUGAGCGCUACGUAGUUAUCUGCAUGGCACUCACCGAGCAAUUUCCUUUCGAGCAUGCAUCACAUCAACAUUCACCGGACGUAGGCCUUGAGGGGUUGGGUAAACAAGAGAAACGGUUAUUACCCCGCACUCUGACUAACUUCAAGAUAAACCCAGUGGACUAUCGCAAUUUAAGGGGGGUGUCUGAUCCGGUGAAGGAAGUUGAAACAGUUGCUGAGGACCUAGAUGUUGUCACGAUCUUGAGUUGGCCAUUUUACAGGGAUGCUACGUGCGAUGAUAUCUUCAAACUCCUGUGUUAUUCCCUGAUGAUGGGUAAUUUCCAGGCUUUUGAUGUAAUCUUGCAGAACUACGAUCCAUGUCUAUUGGAUCAUGUCAAGGAGAAUUGGUCGGUGUUGCUGAGUUACGUUCCAGUUGUGGGGGAUUACAAAAGGUGCAGAGACCUUAUAGGAAAUGUUUUUAGUAUGUCAGAGCGGGUCUCAGAUGAAGAUUGCAGCAAAGUGAUUGACUGGGUUCUGUGGAGGACAUACGUAAUACUAGAGGUAACCAAAUGCUCGUUCCACGUCGCGCUCAAAUUUCUGAAGACAAUGGCUGUACUGUUAAACAAGAUCGAAAAUUGUAGCGCGGUUGUCAGAUCUAAGCUGUAUCUGUUCCGAUCUCUUCUUUCUCUGAUGAAGCAGUACAUCAUUUAUGGAAGCUUCAAGACCGGAUCCGGCAUGACCGCUAAGGAAAUCGAGGCAUCAAACUGCCUCACCUUUGUCGAGUUCCUCCAACUGAAAGCUAGUGAACGACUUCAGCUGUUCAUUGAAUGCAUAGAAAUGCCAAUACUGGGUCAGGAAGAUUGCGCAUGUGACGAAACGUACAGGGAUAAUUAUGGCAUAUACAAGGUAUGCCUAAACUGCAAGACCGUUAAUGCCACAAAUGUAAUGAGUGUAUUCUUCCGGUUACAGUGUAUCAAAGAAGAUGUUAAUGAUGUCGAUAAUGUGUUCUGUGGAUUAUCUGAGGAAUUUUGCGUUUUCUUCGCAGAGCUAAGACGAUGCGCAAACGCGAGUAACGCAGAAUGCAUGGAGGGCCUGUAUCAAACGUUUGAAGGCGCCAUAAGCACGGAACUAUUCGAGACUCUUUAUGCGCUGACAAAAGCGCUACUCGUUGCGGGUCUCCGAGACGUGGCGUAUAACACGGUUCUCCGCGUACUAUUCGAUCGCAGCUCUCGUUAUAACCUAUUGGAGAACUACUUCGUAUAUAAGUCUAUUUUCACCCUAUUUGGGAUCACCAAUGGCGCCGGGGACUACGGUAAUGCGCAUGCCUUGGCUCAUGAAGACAGUUUCAUGGCAAAUCUGGGUGAUUCGUGCCUGCAGCGAUUAUCCAGGGAUCACACAACUGCAUGCAGCUAUAGCAGGUCCGAACCUUCUGACCCGGGUUAUGUGGAGUUCAUUAAAGCGAGGAGUAGUGGGAAUGUGCAACUAACGUUGAGUCUGAUUUUGCGAGCAGUGCGGUGUCAGAUCAACUUCAUGGAGGCUGUUCUGAAUUUGUUGUCCAUAAUGCGAAUGUCGGCGACGAAUUUUUCAAAAUUGCAUAUCGGUAUAACGGAACUCACCGAAUCGCUCUGUGAUCAGGAUAGCGCCGCCUUGCUUAUUCAAAAGAUCCUCAUACAUAUAAUCGACAGACGUCCAUCCGUGGAUGACUUUCGCAUUUGCGUACAUGCCCUGCAAGACAUCGCAGCACACCUCAACGGGUUAUCUCUGCAAGACCUGCAUAUGAUGUUUUUCUUCACUAUAUGCAUCUCUUCUAGCGAACUAGGAUACGUGGACGCCCAAUUACAAGUCUGGUUCGCCUCUUCGAGCAAGGGAAUAGACAAGAUAGGGAUGUUCCUUAUGGCGUCACUAUCUGCUGUGAAGGCUACAAUAUAUAGGUUAAGUAGCCAGCAACACGUGAACUUUGCAAUCGCUAAGUUGGUCACUGAACUAUCACACGGGCUACAUGAGGGGGCUGCCGACUGGAAGUAUCUGAAGCAUCCCAUUUACGAAUCGGCCAUGAAAAUUCAUGACAUGAUACAAGUAUACCUGGACUUUUUAGGCAUGGAUUGGGAUGGGAAUGUCGUAAAUCAGGGUGGCAGUGUGCUUAGUUUCAUAGAGAGCGGCGACAAUGUGCAAUACAUACCUGACUACGAAAUCAUUAUCAGCGACCUAGGGCGCUUGGGGAUGUUCCAAAGAAUAUCAACUGUUGAUACCGCCUCUUCCCUGUACAUCAGCAACAUACAGAGGAAACAGAAAAGGUUGGGUUAUAACCUGUACAGCAACAAAACCGAAUUAAUGGAGUGUGCACUUAGGAACCUGGCUUCGUGUUACUUGGAAUAUGCCGAAAAAGUGUCACCAGACGCUGAAUCGUACUGGGAGUGUCGUAUUUUUGCAUCAAUCUUGCGCGGUGCAUAUACCGAUGGCGACGAUGGUUUUGUAUACGGCGAAGGCCAAAUGACCAAGCGAUUGUCCCAUAUUCGUGACAACGCCCUACUCGUCCUACCUGCGAAAGCGCGUAAAGAUAUUGCAGGGAUGUUGGCAUUGAUACUUAACCUCGUGCAGGAAAGCCAGGCGCAUGCGAACUUUGAAAGCGCGGCGGUAGAAGACGCAGCGAUGUCGGUAUUGAUGUGGCGACUAUUAGCUUCAUCGUAUGUUAAGUCGGCCGAUUUCGGAGCUAUGGCAAAGCUGUGCGCGCAAUUCGCUCACGAUGAACUUCCUGCAUUCAUUAGAUUUUUGAAGGAAAAAACGUUCCAUGUUGCACCUAUGCAGUCUGAUGAUGCAAAUGAGUCGUCAGACUUGUGCGCCUCGAAUAUCACACUCUUCGAGGUUAUCACGGGCCCUGACGGUGACACUGAGUCGACACAUAAUGCAGGAAAUGAGCUGGAAGUGAAUGAUUUUGUGUUACGAAGCUGCAUUCUCAAGCUGUUGGGCAAGGUUAAUUUGGCCAAGAUUGAAGUGUGCCAGCCGGAUAAAAUGAAAAUUUCGUUCGACAAAUUGGCGCAUCGUUUCACCGGCAAUACGGCCAGUGUUCUGCUUAGUAAGGCGCUAGGGAAGGCAGAAACUGGACUCUCAUCCAUCAACUUGAAGAAGAUGCAGUUCGAGACUCUGAAGGGCAAAUUCUUUUCAUCUGCCAAGAAAAGCACAGAUAUUUUUGACGGUCGCUUCCUACCCGUUUUGAAUUUCUACAACACGGCAGUUCUGUGCUUCACGGAUUACGACUUCUCCGAUCCUGCUAAAUUAGGGGACGGGCAGGUUGAAAACCAGAACCUGAUAAGAUGGCGCUCAGUUGUGCGUUUCGAUGUGCUCCAACUGUUACGUGUGGACGUGGAGCUAGGUGUUAUGAUGAUGCUUGAAAUGUGCAACUUCACGAUGAACAUCUUGUUUAUCGAGCAGAUGCAUCGAAUAUUCCACAACAUCAAUGUACAUCUGUGCAUGCGCAUUAUACAGGUCUUACGUGCGCGUCUCAGCAAGCUAGGUUGGCACCGAUCGCUGAUUGCACAUCUGGAAUCGAUAGAGGGCUUUCUAGCUCUCUUCCUUGUCUUUCCUGGGGAGAUUGACAUUUAUAUCGGUCGCUUCAUAGCGAGCUCGACCUAUCGAUCAGAAUUCUUUGCAAAAGUGGCCGAAUACGUUCUGGAAGAUGUCAAUGCUUUCUUGCAGAUUUAUAAGUGUCUCGACGCCCUCUUCUCGUGCAAAGAGUUGGCAAGGGAAUCAACGCCUAACUUGGACGUGCCACUAACACUCGAUGAACUGGGGGAUGCACUUUGGGCGGAUGUUUCUCUUCCAGAGCAUCAUUGCAGGAUUACGGACCCUCUUAUAGUUAACGAAUACGUUGGCAUCCUUCUUCAGUCGUUUGAGAAGACCUUCUGGAACUCCAGCCCAACUGAUCUGUUGGAAAAAAUUAGGUGUAUCGAGCCAGAAUUCCUCCAACUUGGGGGACCGUAUCGCAAUUGUUUGCUCUCCAUAUACGAUUUAUAUGUGCAAAGGAGAAUGCAUAAGCCGGGCAAUUGGCUGUGCUGGAGGAAGCUUGUAUACAGGUACCUACAGGUAUAUCCGGAGGAAGAAACAUUUUUCGGCGCCCUCUUCAGGCCUGCGUCGGAUGACUUGUUGAGGCUCUUGGAGGUCAUCGAACGCACCACGGAUGGGUUCGACAUCACAGAAGUAGAUGACUUCGAAAUGUUUAAAAGGCAACUGCUGCGUAAGGUUAACUUCCGCAACUAUUUCGAGAUCGCUAAUGCGAUGCGACAUGUGGACGCUGAAGCGGCAAGGGUCGUCAUUGAAUCCGUACGCGAUGACAUUCACGGUGCGGCGUAUGUGACCGGAUUCGAUGCGGCGCGUGCACUGCACAGUUUUGACGUGGAUACAGCUUCCGGGUGGUAG